AUGGGCAACUGUGGUACCAGAGAAGAAUCCGCCGUUAUUUCCAAUGCUCAAGUUCAGCAGCUGCAUCCUGCUGCCGGAGCUAGAAACCAAACCACCGGCGCCGGCGGCGCUAUUGAACGGAAAAACUCUAGUCUCAGACAUCAUCUAACCGAUUCCGCUUCGGAUCUGAGCGAGUCUUGUUCGACGCCUCGCUGGAACAACGCUAACAAUAAUAAUACGCUUCUUUACACUCAUGUUAUAGCUUUCACUCUCUACGAGCUUGAAACCAUAACGAAAAGCUUUCGUGCUGAUUAUAUUUUGGGGGAAGGAGGGUUUGGUACUGUUUAUAAAGGCUACAUUGAUGAGAAUGUUAGGGUUGGACUUAAAUCUCUUCCGGUUGCUGUUAAAGUGUUGAAUAAAGAAGGACUUCAAGGACAUCGAGAGUGGCUUACGGAGGUGAAUUUUCUUGGACAGCUUAGGCAUCCUAAUCUUGUGAAGUUGAUUGGUUACUGCUGUGAGGAUGAUCAUAGGCUGCUUGUUUAUGAAUUCAUGUUUCGAGGAAGUCUUGAAAAUCAUCUAUUCCGAAAGGCAACUGUUCCUUUAACAUGGGCUACAAGAAUGAUGAUUGCUCUUGGUGCUGCCAAAGGGCUUGCCUUUCUUCACAAUGCUGAAAGGCCUGUAAUCUAUCGUGACUUCAAGACGUCUAAUAUACUAUUGGACUCUGACUAUACAGCCAAGCUUUCUGAUUUUGGGUUAGCUAAAGCAGGGCCCCAAGGUGAUGAAACCCAUGUAUCCACCCGAGUCAUGGGUACAUAUGGUUAUGCUGCCCCUGAAUAUGUAAUGACUGGCCACCUAACAGCUAGGAGUGAUGUAUAUAGCUUUGGGGUUGUUCUUUUGGAGCUUUUAACAGGAAGGAAGUCCGUUGACAAGACCAGACCUGGGAAGGAACAAAGCUUGGUAGAUUGGGCACGCCCAAAGCUCAAUGACAAGAGAAAGCUCCUACAAAUAAUUGAUCCUAGAUUGGAGAAUCAGUAUUCAGUGAGAGCAGCACAGAAAGCAUGUAGCCUGGCUUACUACUGCUUGAGUCAAAAUCCCAAAGCAAGGCCACUAAUGAGUGAUGUAGUCGAGACAUUGGAACCCUUACAAAGUUCUACUGUUGGUGCAGACGAAGUCUCAUUAUCAGGAUCAAAUAGUGGGAGUGGCGGUCCUUUUGCCAUGAACAAAAUCUCCGAUUACCGAAUGCGUCACAAGUUUUCAAAUAAUGUUGGCCCAGGUGCUACUUGUCGGUCUCCAAACCCAAAUUGCUCACCAGGUCCUGCUGCAGCUUUACGGGUCAGAUGA